UAGGUGGGGUGGAGGAAUAAAAAAGGCAGAAGAAGCUCUUCGAUGACAAAGCUCAUCAGGAAAAGACGCGGACAGAUAUCCAGAAAGGUAAAGCCUUUGCUGUCUUUGGGAUGGCAGACUCCAACAGACAGGGAAACAUGAGGUUUUCUAUCUUGUGGCUGUUUACUCUGUUUGCGUUCCUGAUGUACUGUUCUGCAGUUGUUGUUGACAAGAGCGAAUGUGAGGCACAAGGCCUUCAGUGCCAUAAUCAGGCAGACUGCAUGAGGAUUAGAAACAACUUCACCUGUGUCUGCCGUGUGGGUUACCAGGGUGAUGGUCUGCAGUGCAGUGACAUCAAUGAAUGUAUAAGUGCCAUGCACAGUUGUCACUCAAAGGCCCGCUGCAUCAACUCCCAAGGCAGUUUUGACUGCAUCUGUCUUGAUGGAUAUGUUGGUGAUGGUAAAAUCUGCCAGGACAUCAAUGAAUGUGAAACGAACAAUGGGGGUUGUGACCCCAACGCACUCUGUACUAAUUUGGAUGGUGGACGAAGGUGUCAGUGUUAUAUCGGGUUUACAGGUAAUGGCUUCCAGUGCACAGACAUUAAUGAAUGCACAAACCAAAGGAUCUGCCAUUGGAAUGCUACCUGCAUCAAUAACCCUGGCUCUUAUGGGUGCACAUGUAAUACUGGCUAUAAAGGAAAUGGAAACUACUUGUGCAUGGACAUAGAUGAAUGUUCAGAGAAUCCUCGUUUGUGUCCAUCUUCAUUAGGAUACCAAGGCUGCGUAAAUACACCUGGAUCUUUUCGUUGUACAUGCAGCAAUGGCUUUCAAACUGCUGGACAGAACUGUGUUGACAUCAAUGAGUGUGCUAACAAUAUUUGCAGUUCUUUUGCAAAUUGCGAAAACUCCAUUGGGUCAUUCAAAUGUACCUGCAAAAGUGGGUUUGUUGGAAAUGGAAUUACAUGUGCAGAUGCAAAUGAAUGCAUUACAGGCAAUGAAUGCCACUCCCAAGCUCUUUGCAUCAACCGGUUAGGCAGUUAUGAAUGCUCAUGCCUAGAAGGUUUUGUUGGAGAUGGACGACGUUGUGAAGAUGUCAACGAGUGUGAACAGCCAAACAUUUGCCCAUCUUUUACUACCUGUGUGAACAACCCUGGGUCAUAUAAAUGUGACUGUGGCAGUGGCUACAUAUUAAACAACUCCACAUGCAAUGACAUUGAUGAAUGCAAAACAGGGCGCUGUAGCCCCUUUGCAAACUGCACUAAUUCCCCUGGUUCCUUUUCUUGUCAGUGCUUGUUGGGCUAUGAGGGAGAUGGUUUUACCUGUGAGGAUAUAAACGAGUGUUCUCUGAAUUCAAAGUGCCACUCUAAGGCCAUUUGCUCUAACUUUCCUGGUUCUUACAACUGCACUUGUAUGGCUGGGUUCACCGGGGACGGUGUUCUUCAGUGCAAUGACAUCAAUGAGUGCCUAGUGAAUAACGGAGGUUGCAAUAACAAUGCUAUGUGUGUCAAUAACCAAGGUUCUUUUUCUUGCCAAUGUGAGUCAGGUUUCAACUUGAUUAAUAAGACUAUAUGCCAAGACAUCAAUGAGUGCAAGGAAAGGAGCAAUACAUGUGGAGUGAACGAAGAGUGCAAAAACACUGAAGGGUCAUAUGAGUGCCCCUGCCAGACGGGAUACUACCGUCCUGCCAUCGGCAUGACCUGUGCUGACCUGGAUGAGUGUAAAGACAAACCAUGCCAUGUCAAUGCUACAUGUCUCAACACCAUUGGCUCAUACACCUGCACUUGUAAGAGAGGCUUUACAGGGAAUGGCUCCCAUUGUUGGGACAAAGAUGAAUGUGCCGUGGACCGUACGUGCCACCCCAGAGCCACAUGCACCAACGUUAUAGGGGAUUUCUUCUGCUCUUGUGAGCCAGGGUUCACUGGUGAUGGAUUUUCCUGCCAAGAUGUAAAUGAGUGCUCCCUCCCCAACACAAACUGUCCUCAUUUCUCACAAUGUGUCAACUCUCCUGGUUUUUAUGUGUGUUCAUGUUUGAAUGGUACUGUGGCCUUUAAUGACACCUGUGUGCCACCCGUUUCCCUGUGUGAUCCUCCUUGCCAUAGUAAAGGACUGUGCCACCUCUCGCCCUCUGGAUAUCAGUGUGUUUGUGACAUUGGUUUUGUAGGCAACGGAGUGACUUGUGCUGACAUCAAUGAAUGCCAGACGGGAAAUGUUUGUCCUGAAACUGAAACUGAGUGUUUGAAUACCCCUGGAUCAUUUUCCUGUGUCUGCAAACAAGGCUACACGCGGAACGGGCAGCAGUGUGUUGAUUUGAAUGAGUGUGACACUGGGCAGCACGACUGCAGUGAGGUUGCGCAAUGCAUCAACACAGUGGGCAACUACUCCUGCUUUUGCCGAAAUGGUUACACUGGUGACGGGAAGAACUGCUCUGACAUUGAUGAAUGCCAACACCAAAAUGGAGGAUGCCACCCAGUUGCCAACUGCACUAACAUCCCAGGAUCUUUCUCAUGUCUCUGCCCCUGGGGCAUGGAGGGGGAUGGCUUUUACUGCCAGGAUGUGGAUGAAUGUGAACACAACUCUACCCUGUCAAACAACUGCAGCUCACUGGCCAUGUGCCUCAACACCAAUGGUUCCUACCUCUGCCAGUGCAACAAUGGAUACCAAGGGGACGGUUUCAUUUGUGAUGAUGUUGAUGAAUGUGAGAUGGCCACACCUUGCAGUAAAAACAUGACAUGCACCAAUAUGCCGGGGUCCUACAGCUGCUCCUGUGUAUUGGGAAGUGUGUACAAUCAGGGAACAUGCAUAAGUGAAGAGACCUGCUUAAAUGCUAGCAGUGAAUGCCACCCGCUUGCCAAGUGCAACCUGUACCAGGGUUCUUUUUACUGUCAAUGCGCAGAGGGGUAUGAAGGAAAUGGUACUCACUGCCAGGACAUAAAUGAAUGUGACCAGUUAAAAGAUCAAGUCUGUCCUCCUUUUUCAUACUGCAGCAAUACAAAUGGCUCUUACUUCUGUGAUUGUUGGGAAGGGUUUCAAGAUAAUGGGACACAUUGUCAGGAUAUAGAUGAAUGUGAGAUGGGAAACUUCAGCUGCACGGCCAACAGUAGCUGUACUAACACAGAGGGGAGCUACAAUUGCACCUGUGACCCAGGAUUCUCAGGCAACAAUUCCCUGUGUUUGGACAUUGAUGAGUGCUUCCUUGGUCUAAUCCAGUGUCCAAAUUUUUCCCGCUGCCUUAACACUAUUGGAUCUGUCUUCUGUGAGUGCUGGGAAGGAUACCAAGGCAAUGCAACAGAUUGUGAGGAUAUUGAUGAAUGUCUGGACAACUCCACCUGCCCUGAUCAUAGCACAUGUGUUAACACAGAGGGAGGCUACCAGUGUCUCUGUGAGACAGGGUUUUCUAAGAACACUGACUUAUGUGAGGACAUUGAUGAAUGUAGUGAAAACAAGGUGGGAGAGAUUUGCACAAAUGGGACAUGUGUGAAUGCUCUGGGUUCUUUUUACUGUGAUUGUUUUAUGGGAUUCGAGAGCAAUGGAACAGAUUGUGUCGACGUGGAUGAAUGCUCAAAACCUAUCAACUCCUCUGUGUGCCAGUCUUUCUCAACAUGUGUUAACACUCCAGGUUCAUACCUGUGUCCCUGUAACAAAGGCUUUAUAAUGAACGGUACCCACUGUCUAGAUGUGGAUGAAUGCCUGGACCCAGUUGGUGCAGGAUGUCCAGAGAACUCUUUAUGCAUCAACACAGAGGGGUCUUUUCUUUGUCAGUGCUCUCCUGGAUACAAAACCUUUGACUCUGGCUGUGAGGAUAUUGACGAAUGUAAACACAACAACACCUGUCGCUCUGACCAAGUGUGCACAAACCUGCCGGGAGCAUACAAUUGCUCUUGCCCACUAGGAUAUCAUGAGGAGAGGGAGGCAUGUGUUGACAACAAUGAAUGUGAGAAUUCACCUUGCCAUCCGAUGGCACGCUGUUGGAAUACACCUGGCUCUUUCUCCUGUCACUGUCACACAGGCUUCGCUGGAAAUGGCUCCUGGUGCAAAGAUGUGGAUGAGUGUGCUGCCUUAACAGAUCCUUGCCAUCCCAUCUCUCAAUGCCAUAAUGCCCCAGGGUCAUUUGUCUGCAUGUGUAAGCCAGGCUUCAUGAGCCUUGGUUCCCUAUGUGUGGACAUUAAUGAAUGCCUCCAAGGAAAUGGGCAGUGUCACGCUGCUGCUACCUGUAAAAACUAUGUAGGAGGAUUCAGAUGUAUAUGCAACCAAGGCUGGGAAGAAACCAAGGAUAAUAGUGGUGGAUGUGUUGACUUGAAUGAGUGUGUGUCCAGCUCUACAUGUCAUCAACCAUCAUCCUGUACCAACUUCCCAGGGAGCUACGCCUGUUCCUGUCCAGAAAACAACCCUGUUUGCAAAAACAUAAUGAGAAUGGAGGGCACUCUGUACCCAUAUGGAGCAGAGGCUGGAGAUAAAGAAGUGAAAAUAGAAACAGAAGAUGGAAAUUCUCCCUACAUCACACCUCCGGCAGGGUUUCCUUUCAUGGGGAAACUGUAUGACAGAAUAUAUUUUUCAGAUAAUGGCCUGGUUCAGUUUCAGACGUUGGUAGAAAAUGAACAAUACCUGCUCCCUUCUCCUUCUGCUGAUGGUUUCCCUGAGGACAUGAAGAUGCCUUUAUUGGCAGCAUUUUGGGAUGAUGCAGACCUCAACCUAGGGGAUGGGAAGCUGCACUAUAAGGAAUAUUCUAAACUGGAUGCAUCAGAUAUUUACUCCCAAGUGGUUUUUAAUCGCACAGCAGAUGAAGUGACAAAGUUUGAGGAUCUGAAACAGAGGCCUUCGUUUACGCCCACCUGGAUCCUAAAGAUCACAUGGGACAACGUGAUGCCGGUCUCCUACCAGAAGAUCGACUUUUCUGAGACAAACACUUUCCAGUGCAUCUUGACUACAGAUGGAGUUCGCUCCUUUGCCCUCCUGCGUUAUGGGGAUAUGAAAUGGGGACCUGGGUUCAGGAAGCAUCAUGAUGCUCUUAUUGGCUACACAGAUGGAAGAACCAGUUUCAAGGAGACCACCGUCCCCCCAGAUAACCUUUUUGGUCCUGCAGGCAGAUAUAGACCCAAUGAAGUUAGAGGAACACUUGGGAAUCUUGGCCAGCUAGUGUAUGAUUUGACUGGGCCAGAAGGGUCGGAUGUUGAUGCCCGUAUUAAAUGUCAGACAUGGUGGAAGAAAGAGCCUGACCCCAGUGAGUGGGUGUUGGGGCUGCCAUCCUGUCCCUGCACCUGGACACAGGCUCUGGAGGAUCUGGCCUUCUUACAGGAUCUCACAGAUCCAGGAGAAACAGUUCAGAAGCUGAGGGCUCAGCGCUGGGGUAGUGCCUCAGGACACAUCUUUAGGUCACUCCUGUCCAACCAGUAUGGAGCUGGGAAGAGGUGUGUGUAUGAACCAGAUGGUGCCUUGUUGGCUGGGUACAGUGAGCUCUACUUCCACGGACACAACACACAGAAACAUAUCGAUGAGGAUCUUCUUCCCUUUCAGUGGUGUUGCAUCGACUCCUCCCUGUGCCAUCAUUACCUAAGCAGGAGACCCUUGGAUCGUUGCCAAGGUUAUAGCUUUAGCAAUCACAGCAGCUCUUCCCCGUCUUAUUGGGGGACUCAGGGCAUUGCAAUGGUGUACGGGAGCCUGCAUUUCAUCACCUUUGAUGGGUCAGAGUACUCCUUUAAUGCCCUGGGGGAGUUUGUGAUACUACGUCUCUCAUCUGCAAGAGGCUCCAAUAUCUUCACCCUACAAGGACAGAUUGAGAAGCUGCACACUGCUGCACAGGGGAUCGUUGAGGUCCCAGUGGUGGUGCGCAUGGCUGCCUUCCACCAAGGCCUCGGCAAGAUUGAGUGGAGGUGCUCUGAUAGAGACAGUGGACUGCAGAUUUUUGUGAAUGAGGUUGAAGCCUCAGUCAGAAUCGGUGUGGUGUACGAUAACAAGAGGGACUUUGCGGUGCGUUGUCUCUCCGUGAAUCGUUGUGCAGCGGUUUAUGCCAGCGGUCUCAGGGUGGUCGUGUGGCGAACUGAAGGCUACCGUCAGCUGGCAGCCAUGGUGGAGGUCCCUCAGAACUUCUACAGACGCACUGUGGGCCUCUUAGGCCUCUGGAGCUCCAACCGGUCGGAUGAUUUCCUCAUGUCAGAUGGAAAGAUCCUCCAGUCUAAGGGGCUCAGCCCCCCUGAAGAGGAGAGUCUGAAGCUCUUUUGCUUGUCCUGGGCGGUCCCAGGCCCUGAAAGCCUGCUGUUCUCCUCGCCACCAACGGUCCCCCUGGCUUUAGAACCAACCAGUCUUCUGCUGAAAAGCGUGAGUCCUGCUGAGCUGAAUAUGCAGAUGAGAAAGUGUAAGGAGAGCAUGCAGUGCGUACAGGACAGCGUAGCAUCUGGCAUCUCCGACCUGGGCCAACAGACUCUGGAUGCACAGACACAGUUAAAGAGGCUGGCUCUCACUUUUGGCAACAUGCCGCCUAUAGUGAAAGAGCCUGCUGUGAUACACAGCAGGGUCAACUCUCAGGUCAAUGUUCAGAUUGUUGCUGAGGAUCCAAACAGAGACCCCAUCACCUACUCAUUGCUAUUCCCCAGGCCUCCAGAGGCUUUUGUUGACAGGGGUGGUGGCUUCCUGACAUGGACACCCCUCAGCACUCAGCCUGUCCAGCUGACUGUCAAGGUCAGCGACAAAGAGACAAGCUCUUUGUUCACCCCAAUCCUGCGUGUCUGCAACUGUCUUAACGGAGGAACCUGCCUGUAUGACAGCGUUGCUGAAAAUCACUUAAAGGGAAUGUUCCAGGUGGUGGGGUGUUUGUGCCCGAAGGGAUUCAGUGGAAAAUUCUGUGGGAAUACAACAAACGUAUGUCGAGGCAAGCCGUGUUUCAGGGGGCUUCAGUGUCAGCCAAAGUCAGUCCCUGACCAGUUUACCUGUGAAAAGUGUCCAGACAAUACCGUCUCGAAUGGCAAAGAGGGAUACAAAUGCUUUGAUUAUGACAUGUGCAGUCCCCCGUUUCCCUUCCCUUGCCAUAAGGAUGCAGAAUGCCUAGCCGUGGAGCACAGCUACUCCUGCACAUGCAAACCUGGCUUCAGUGGAGAUGGAUACAACUGCACAGAUAUCGAUGAAUGUGCUGACCUCAUGGCAUGUGAAAAUGCAAAAUAUGAGUGUAUGAACAGGCCUGGAUCUUUUGAAUGCCUCUGCAGAUAUAAAAACUCCAAGAAUGCUGAUGGAUGUGGUAACUCUCCGAACCCUCCAGGACACAAUAGGUUUAACGUUUCCAUGAGCUGGAGGAACAGAGGAGCGGAUGGACUCAAACAGCUAGAUGACAUUCUGGCCAAAGGUUUCACAAACAAGUUCUACAACAUCAGUAGAAAAGAUGCAUCUGAACCCAGCAAGGAGGAGUAUCGAGUGUCUGUGUCCAGUGACACGCCCCACUGGUACAUCCAAGACUACCUGUCCAGAGUCAGCCCCCACUACGAGAUAAAGGCUGUGGAAGUUGAUGAUUUAGAUGAGUGUAAGGCCAAGGAGGCGGGAUGUGUCCCCCACGCCAUGUGCAUCAACACCUACGGAGGCUACCGCUGCGUUUGCAACGGUACAGCUGAUGUUGAUGGAAGCCAGUCCUGUAUAAUUGAAGAGAGAUCAGAGGAGUCUGAGUCAAACUUGGACCUGAUUCUGGGUUUGGUUCUGGGUAUCGGCAUACCGCUCCUCCUGCUGCUGCUGCUUCUGGCUGCACUGGCCUGCUUCUGCUGCCGCAGGAAGACUGUUACUGGAGACCUCCCUCAUUUGAUGCCAGACCACAUCCAACAGCAGUACAACCCCCCACCAUUCAACUACGCUGACCCGGCCCUGCAGUACAUGAGUCACUGCAGCCCUCGAGUCCUAGACGAUGUCAUGCCCCGGCAGCGGCUCAGAUAGAAUCCCCCCCCAUGCAGCUAAAGCAAGAAGUCCUUCAUGUCUUGACAGAAAAUGUUAAUUAAAAGUAAAACACUGCACUGCUUUUUAUCUUCCAGUAAACAGCUGACCAACUAUAACAUUUAAAGCAAAAUCUAUUGUGCUUCAGUCCAUAAAAAAGUAACACUGGUUUCUAAAAAGAAUAUAUAUGUACAGUUCAAAAUCAAGCUGUUGAAUUAUUGUCCAUUGCUUAACAUUCUAGUUAAUUUACCAUAACAUAGUUUGUAGCAGGGAGCAGACUUGCAAGAAGAAAAGGAAAUAUCUUAGAAAAAUGAUAAUAAAAAUACUUCUAUAAAAAUUUGUUUCUUUGGAGAUAAUUUGCAAAAUAAAUUGCAACAAAGGUUGAACGUUGUUUUCCAAACGUCAAUGUCAUCUCAGUGACGUUGGGAGAAUAAGGAUCAAGCCGAAAGAGGAUAAGCAUCGAGCCAAAGCAAUGGAUUGGAAGGAGACAAUGAUUUUAUCUCUUUCCUGUUAACUAUGUAAGGCUCAAUCAUCUUUUAAUUUCUAAAAUCAAUCU